AUGCACAAUGGACUAGUAAUCAACCAUACCCCUGAUAGAAUCACUGCGUGCGCGGAGUUCCAGCGUAUCAUCACUCAGCCUCCACAGUUUGGCCUGAUCGCGUGGCUAGGUGCGCCAGACGCUCGUGCAGUCCACACGCAUGAGAUGGAGCACCUUCUUGACGUACUAGCUGAUAUAUUCUUUCCCUCCAAGAUCCGCUUCAAAAUUGUCUUCCCUCCUGCAAACAAUCAAGCAUCGAUUCAUAGUGCUGUCAGUGAAGCUGCGCUUGAGUGGUUGGGAACGUUGCUGCACGAGCUGUUUCACGCGUUUGUGGAGCUGUACGCAUGCCAACAGUGUACGUGGGAUGAGGACGCGGAGAACCUCAACGGACGCGGGAGGGUGUGGCGGCGCGUUGCUACUCAGAUUGAGUUGGUGUGUCAGCGGACGUUGAGUUUGAAAGUUGGAUUGGAGAGGUUCGAUGCGAUUCGAGGGGAGUGGGGAGUGAUGAAGUAUUGGCGUGGCGUGGAGGAAGUCAUGGAGUGGAAGUUAGUCGAUAAGUAGUGUGUAUCGGUGCCUCGCAAAACGUACGAACUCCCCUGGAUUCUGGCUCAAUAUCAUCAAGCAUAUGUCACAGGUGGGCGAGAGCUUCCAAGUGGCUAGCUAAGGCUAGCUAGUAGGAUGGGUGACAGUCUAGGUGACAGGACGCAGGGCAGAACGUGGGAUAUUUUAGGGCACCAAGACAAUUAACCACUCACGUAUAUGCCCUGCAUGCUAUACUGUGGUUCAUACAGCCACUAUGUCAAAAUUCAGGAGGGUCGGUACAUUCGCAAACGAUUGUAACGCGUGCAUGGGGAAAUUCAAUGCAGAGACCUGCCAUCCAUAUCGUAUGUUGUUCAAUGAAGAAGGCGUGGUUUGAAAACGAG